GACAAGAAGAACAAAGACAAGUGCAAGAAAAUAAAGGGAAAACAGCAGACUACACCCACCUAAGAACAAGACAAGAAGAACAAAAACAAGAUAAGUGCAAGAAAAUAAAGGGAAAACAGCAGACUACACCCACCUAAGAACAAGACAAGAAGAACAAGAACAAGAUAAGUGCAAGAAAAUAAAGGGAAAACAGCGGACUACACCCACCUAAGAACAAGACAAGAAGAACAAAAACAAGAUAAGUGCAAGAAAAUAAAGGGAAAACAGCAGACUACACCCACCUAAGAACAAGACAAGAAGAACAAAAACAAGAUAAGUGCAAGAAAAUAAAGAGAAAACAGCAGACUACACCCACAUAAGAACAAGACAAGAAGAACAAAAACAAGAUAAGUGCAAGAAAAUAAAGGGAAAACAGCGGACUACACCCACCUAAUAAUAAGACAACCGGAAGCAAAGGGGAGGCCGCUGCGAAGGCCAGCUAUCUCCCCGACCCUCAACUGAACUGAACAGAACGCGGCCGCCGGGUAGCCACUCCCUGAUUCAAAUCUAUAGUGAUGUAAGCGUCUGCUGCGUCGGGGAAGUGCUGUUAAAAGGCUGUGACGUUGUGGGAUUGAGACUGGCUUCAUAAUUAAAGAAGUGAUGUUGGCAGAAGGGCAAGAGGACAAAGUGGAAGAAGAUGGGAGGCCUGCAUGAACCGUGUCAGGAACUGAGAAAUGUAUGAAUAGACAGCAUCUUUCAGGCAUUACUCAGGAAACAGAAUGUUCAACAAAUACAAAUAAUAAAUUUGUGAGGAAAUUCAUAAGAGAAUAUUUGGGAAGGUGCCAAUAAUCAACAUUGUUGGAGGGAGGCAGCUCAAGACUGGUGCUCAGGAUGAGUUGUGCCGGAGGCCACUGGGGUGAGGAGGCAGAGCAGCAGCGAGGGGGAGGGGACGACUGGGGCCUGAGCCCGGCAGACAUGGAGGACCUGCUCACCCCACAGCCCCCUGCCCCCACCCCACCAGCCCUGCACCAACCUUCACCAGAGGAAACGCCUUCCUUCCAGAUCUUACCAGCCGAGCUGUGUCGCACAGACCCCUUGGUGCUUCAGACCAUCCGCCUGCUUCAGCACCAGCGCCAGGUGGCCCAGCUCAUCGCCCGGGCACAGAGUCUUGGCAUGGACGGUGGCAGCCUCCCCUCCUGCCCGCCGCUGCCAGAGGAACCUGUGCUCAACCGCAGAACAACCAAACCACACUUCCUCAACUUUCUUCCUCCAGAACACACACCCUUCACUACAGGCAAGACCCAGCAGCACAUCCUGGAGGUGGAGGGCAGCACUGCAAGGCUCAUCCUCCGCAAGGCAGUGGCCACCAUCUGUGCCCACGCUGGCUACACAGACACCUCAGAAAGUGUGCUGCGGCUACUGACUGACACCACACACGAGUUUCUUAACAAGAUCACUGGGGUGCUGCGUACCAACACUGACAAUCUGCUCUUGACUGACCGCUGCCCAUUCCAUGAUGUGGUGGAGAAGACCCUCCAUGACGUAGGGAUGGGCAGCAUGAGUGAGUUACACCAAAUGUAUCGUGACCGUGUGGUUCUGUACCAUGCCAAAGUGCGACAAGAAACCCUGCAGCUCUAUCAUCACUACCUUACCCUUUCUCAGAACAGGGAGGCAGCCAGCACCCCAGGGUCACGGAGAGAGAGUGUGGGAGACUGGUGGAUGGACGAGUGUGGCAGCCAGCAAGGGGCAGGCCAGGGCCCAGGCAUGGAAGAAGCCUCAGUGCCAUCUAUCAAGAGCACCUCCAGCCUGGAUCCUGAGCUGUCCCUUCACCCUUUCUCUGUUCUGAGCCAAACUGGUGGUGAUGGAGAGGAGGCAGUAGUACAGAACUCUCCCGCUACCGCCCAGACCUUCCCCACCUACCCUCUCACUCCUCGCUAGCCAUCCGUCCCUCCUGCUCCAGCUUCCCUCACCCCAAAGUCACUCCUCAGCUGGCUCACAGACCCCUGCAGGACUGCCAGAAUACUCAAAAUACUGUACAUAUAUUGUAAUUUAGAUAAGUAAGGAUUUUUUUAACAAAUGGUGAUGAUAUUUUGUUAGUGUGAAAGUAGCAGUUACAAUAAUAAUAAUGCUAAAAUUGCCUAGUAGUAAUAGCAACAGCAACAACAGUAGUAGUAGCAAUGGUAGUAGUAGUAGUAGUUGUCCUUUUUGUAGCAGAAAUAGUAGCCAAAGGUGACAAGUACUGCUAAAACAGGAACUGGUGGUAUUUUUAGUACUGUUAUCACAACCAAAAUUACUUUUUGGGUUAGUACCACUUGUGGUACUGGCAGUGCUUUUUUAAACAUUUCCUCAACGGUUGUGAUAAUCGAUACUCAUUAGUGAGAAUGUACAUCCUUUAGAAAAAGUGUCUGGCAGUGACAGGGAACUCUGAUAGAUGCCACUCUUAAUAGACAAAUGACUGAACAGCAUCAUACAUAUUUUUGCUGACUGUUAUGAACAAAAUCCAGAUGGUUGUGUAGGUGUGUGUCAUGUAAGGUGUCUUCCCACGCUCUGAGCUGAAGCUAGUUUGCACAUGGUAAUAUGUGUAUGUGUGUAUUUACAUAUCUGUGUGCAUGUGUUUAUGUAUGUGUUUGGGCCAUAUUCUAAAAUUUGAGAGAACAGAUGUUCCAGUGUGUAUUUAUUUAUUUGUUACCUAGUAUAUGCAUGUAAGCAGCAUACUCAUGAGCUGAGUUUAGUCCCUCCAGAACAGCAAGUGGGAUGCUGUUCUGGGUCCUCAAAGGUGAUAAUUAUGGUUAGAGUUCAGUGUCUCUCAUUUUCACCACUCGGCUAAUGUUCCACUUACAUUAUCACUUGUGUUACAUUUGCCUCCUCUGAAUCUUUGCCACUAUUUAAGUGAAAACUCAGAUACUUUAUAAAAAAUGCCACCAGGAAGUUCAUGCACCACAGUCGUCAUCAGCAGUUUUUCAAGAGUUUGAGCGCCAUCACUGCCAACAUUGCUGCUGUUGCUACCACUGGUAUUUUAAAAGUACAACUUGUCCACCUGUGGUUGUUGCCUUGUGAAAUUUCCAUGUGUCACCUAUAUCACCUAUUGCUCAAUAGUUACUCAUUUUCAUAGUAGAUUUUCUGGUCAUUUUUGCUUAAAUAUAUAUUGAGCACUAAUUAAUUUAAAUGUUCUCAUAUAUACAACUAUUUUUGUUCUACAUAAAAUUUUAGCUGAAAAGAAUUGUUUAUAUUGAAUGUACUUUUUUUUAUAAUAACCAUUGUGUAAAUAAUAACCUGUAUUCCAUAUGUAUUAAACUUUUACAUUAGAAUAGACUCACAACACCA